GUGCGCUAGUGCGGCGCUGUUGCGAGCAAACAGACGAGGCUCGCUGCGCGGAACGGACACGCUCUGAGAAACACAGAAACUCCAGUCGAAGAUGCCUCGUCUGGGAGGUCUGACUUUGCGCUACAACUGAGAGAAGCCAGGACGCAAGCACCAGAAGCUCCGCGGUCUCUGACAGCAUCCCUGCUCACCGAGCUCCGUCCGUAUCCGAUGCGCUCCAUUUGUGCAUGAAUCCUCGCCUGCAGGUUCUGGACAAAAACCGGACGCUGUCGACGACUGUGCGCGGUGGUUUCUGAGCGAACACACCCCUUGACAUCUCCGUCGGGAUGGCGUUGACUAUCUGCACGAGAUUUACGGACGAAUAUCAGCUGUUCGAGGAGCUGGGGAAGGGAGCCUUUUCUGUGGUCAGGCGAUGUGUGAAGAUCUCAUCCGGUCAAGAGUAUGCAGCCAAAAUCAUCAACACCAAGAAGCUUUCAGCCAGAGAUCACCAAAAGCUGGAGAGAGAAGCGAGGAUUUGUCGCCUUCUGAAACACCCCAACAUUGUGCGGCUGCAUGACAGCAUAUCAGAGGAAGGUUUCCACUAUCUGGUGUUUGAUCUAGUGACAGGUGGCGAGCUGUUUGAGGACAUCGUGGCCAGAGAGUACUACAGCGAGGCAGAUGCCAGCCACUGCAUACAGCAGAUUCUGGAGAGCGUCCAUCACUGCCAUGUCAAUGGGAUCGUCCACAGGGAUCUGAAGCCUGAGAACCUUCUAUUGGCCAGUAAGCUGAAGGGGGCGGCGGUCAAGUUGGCUGACUUUGGGCUGGCAAUCGAGGUGCAGGGGGACCAGCAGGCGUGGUUCGGUUUUGCCGGGACACCGGGAUACUUGUCUCCGGAGGUACUUCGAAAAGACCCAUAUGGGAAGCCAGUGGACAUGUGGGCGUGCGGGGUUAUUUUAUACAUUCUCCUUGUUGGUUACCCACCAUUUUGGGAUGAGGACCAGCACCGCCUCUAUCAGCAGAUCAAGGCUGGGGCCUAUGAUUUUCCGUCGCCAGAGUGGGACACUGUCACACCGGAGGCCAAAGAUCUGAUCAACAAGAUGCUGACCAUCAAUCCCAGUAAACGCAUCACUGCCACCGAGGCUCUUAAACACCCCUGGAUCUGUCAACGCUCCACGGUGGCGUCCAUGAUGCACAGACAGGAGACAGUGGAGUGCCUGAAGAAGUUCAAUGCCAGGAGGAAACUGAAAGGAGCCAUUUUGACCACUUUGCUGGUUACACGCAACUUUUCAGCAGCCAAGAGUUUACUGAACAAGAAGGCAGAUGGUGUUAAGGUCAACAACAAAGCCAACACAGUGACCAGUCCUAAAGACACUGGCCCUGCCCCUGCACUGGAACCACAGACAACAGUGAUCCACAACCCUGUGGAUGGAAACAAGGAGUCCAUUGAGAGUGCCAACACUACCAUAGAGGAUGAAGAUGUGAAAGCCCUUCGUCUGGGCAGCUUAGUGAGCUGUAUGUUGAACUCUAAGAGCCGCUCCUCACAGAUGUCUGAGUCCAGGCAGAACCCCAACUCCUCAUUUCAAACCUGCACCAAUAACAAUAAAGCUCGCAAACAAGAAAUCAUCAAAGUCACCGAGCAGCUGAUCGAGUCUAUCAACAACGGGGACUUUGAGGCGUACGCGAAGAUAUGUGACCCUGGCCUGACGUCCUUUGAGCCUGAAGCUUUGGGAAACCUGGUAGAGGGUCAUGACUUUCACCGCUUUUAUUUCGAGAAUGCACUUUCCAAAGGCAGCAAGCCGGUGCACACCAUCCUUCUAAACCCACACGUGCACCUCAUUGGGGAGAAUGCAGCGUGCAUUGCCUACAUUCGACUGACCCAGUACAUGGAUGGUAGUGGGAUGCCCCGCACCAUGCAGUCCGAGGAGACCCGUGUGUGGCACCGCCGAGAUGGCAAGUGGCAGAACAUCCACUUCCACCGCUCCGGAUCACCCAGCAUCCCCUCCCAUUAAUGGGGUGAUCGACAGACUAUCAUCGAAUCUUCAGGGGCAGUUAACUCGCCAACCUUCAACUGCUCUACUAGGGUCAACCUCUACAUGGACAUUGCACAGGACGAAGUAUUAAUACAUUGUUAUGGUUAUGGUGUUAAAUCAAUGGACAUCAUUCAAAACCACCCAGGGUGGCUGCACACUAUAUUAGGACAUUAUAAAAUUAGCAUAUUGGCAUUUUUGGGUUUGUUUUCUAAGGUGUUUUGGUAUGCAUUUUAAAUAUAAAAUAGAAAUUACUGUAACCUCUCCUGGAAGUUAGUUCUGUAUUUUUAUGUGUACUUAUGUGUGUGCAAUACAAAAUAAAAACAAAAAAAAAAUCUGCAAUUGGGAGAUCAGAAUGUUCAGUUGAGCUUGCUUUAGUUCUGGUGAUGUAUAUACAUUGUGGUUGUUGAUUACAAAUUGAAAUUGCUAUUCUUGCUAUCGGAUGAAUUAAGAGUUUCUAAGCUACAUUUAUGUUUGCUAUGAGCUAAGUUGAGUUGUUUGCAUCGCCUGACUUUGACUUAAAAUGCUGACUGAAAUGUUACGAACGAGCAGAGCAGCAUUCACUAACCAGUAAAAUAAGUUUGCCUUUAUAACAGUGAAUUGAAAAUUAAGAGAAUGUAGCAUAUAUGUAAUAUAUGAAAAACCAAGACUAUUGUGUAGUGCAUGGGGGAAAUUAUUGUGACCAAGAUCAUAUCGAACUAUAAUAUAUUUGAUUUGUAAGUCACUUGUUUGUUUACAUUUGUUAAUGUUGUGCAUCUGUCCUGUCCCGGAUGUUUCUGCUGUCCUAUAUCAUUCAAAUGUAAAACCAUAACACGCGCACAAGUAAUAGCUGGUUAAUAUUCGAACUGAACAUGGAAGAGGUGAGAAAAAUCGUCAUGGUUGCUUUACAGUCUGUACAAUUGAUUUACUGCGUUUUGUUUUUUUUUCAUGUUUGUAUUGUGGGACUGUAUGUAUCUUUUUUUUUUUGGAUCAUUUUAAAUAUGUUGCUUUGCCGAUGACACAGAGAAUGGUUCUAAAAUACAAUGGAGGCUUUGUUUAGGGAUGGACAACCCGGCUGGUGGAGGAGGAGCUGUGUGACAGUCAAAGCCAGUGUCAUCUUUUAGCUUCAUUUUUGUCUCCCUUUUUUUUUAAUGGGUAUAAAAUCCUGACAUUUGUUUUGAUGAAACGUAUGAUGUCAAUUCAAAGCACCACUCCUUAUAUGGUGUAACUGUUGCCAGGGCGGCAAUGAUGGCUUACGAUGUUUAAGUAAUAAAUAAAUAAAUCAGCAACAAGGUGU